AUGCAUUAUGAUGUGUAUGUGGUCACUGGUGGUAUUUAUAGAGACCGGGGAGUUGUUUCAGGCAAUGAUUUUGUUAAGAAAGCCUCCGUGGUGUGUGCAUUCGUGAUGAUCCUAAUGUGUUUAUGCGGUGCCGUUGGUAAUUCACUAUCACUAUAUAUCUAUUGGGGACCGUCAUUUCGGAAUCGUUCAAUCAACUUGUUGCUAGCCGCCUUAAGUGCCUCUGAUCUAUUCUUGUGCAUUCUCGCCAUUCCCGUCUUCUCAAUCACCCAAAUUCAGGUCUAUUGUCCUGGGCUAUCGCACUAUCUUUCUGGGCACAUUCUCUUAUUCGCUUAUCCAGUAACGGUGAUGCUACAGAGUAUGUCCGUUUGGUUAUUGGUCAGCAUCACAAUUGAUCGCUAUUUAGCCGUCUGUCAUCCAUUCCAAGUGCGAAUGUACUGUACAAAGUCUCGUGCUGCAGUGACCAUUUUGUUGAUAGUGCUAUUUUCAAUCGCUUACAAUUUUGUGCGAUUCUGGGAGUUCACACUCUCAGAAUCCUCUGAGUUAGCCACGUUUGAGGAGUCAAUUGUGCCACUGCUACGAGGCGAUCAUCUAUUCAUGUUGCUCUAUCAAAAUAUCGCCACACUGAUCACACAGUUCUUCUUGCCUCUUUCAGUGUUGGGUCUUCUCAACUUACAGGCAAGUUCUAAUUCUCAGAUCAGCAUGAUUUGUGUUGCCAGGACUAUGUUAGAGGCCGGUGUUCAACGG